AGACUGCCAAGUGGGGGCCGGCAAGGGGAAGCAGCUUACCUCCCAGCUGGGCAUGCGGGCAGCAUACUCAGUCCCCAGCAGAUAGCAGGAUGUGCUGUCUGAGCAUCCCCAUGGGGCUUAGAUGGGGCCAAAGGGAAUGUUUCAGCAGAGUGGGAAUGGCUCGUGUGUGUUUGCUGGGAGUGGGGUUCUCUCCCUUCCACUGCAGCUGAGGGACACUGGGCAAGUUGCUGUGCUUCUCUGAACCUUUGUUUCCUCUUCUAAAAAAUGCGGUCUCACAGGGUCAUUGUGAAUGUAAUCGCUCUGCAGACUCUAGAGCUUGGGAAAUACGAGCAUUUUCAGGGAGCACAGGGACAACAGCUCCCCUCCCCCCACCUGCGUGUCCCCAGCUCCAAGCGGCUCACCUGCCAAGGAAAUUCUAGUUUGAUAUCCGGCACACUCACCCUACGGAGGACCGUGGUCCCUGGAGAAGGGUGUGGAUUUUCUCAUCCUGGCCAACAGUGCCUCCGGUGGAAAGACGAAUACUGAAGAACACCUCCCCCCCCCACCCCACUUUCCUUCUCUUCUUUCUCCAUCAUCUCGUGCUUAGAGCAGAGGUAGAGGAAAGAGAACAGGCUGAGCGCUAAACUGUCGUUCCUCCGCGUGCCUGUGUUGUUCGGGAAGCUUUGAACACUUGAGUUUCAGUUUCCUCAUCUGCAGAACGGGAUGGAGAGAAGUGCGGACAGUUUUCUUCUAGAGCUGUAGCAGGAGAGCACCUAUGCGAAGGCCCUACCGCAGCCCCUGGUACGCCAUGGGGGGCCCAGGACAAUCCGAGUUCCCACCCCCUGCUAUCUGUCGGUCCCCACCUCCUGCAGGCAGUCUCCCACCCUGACCUCCUCUGCCCUCACUGAUCUCCACUGGCUCCACAUCAGAUGGUCUCAGAGCCCACGAUGUCGGCCAACGUCACGAUGAAGCCCCUCUGUCCCCUCCUGGAGCAGAUGAGCCGCCUCCAAAGCCACAGCAACUCCAGCAUCCGCUACAUUGACCACGCGUCAGUGCUGCUGCAUGGGCUGGCCUCGCUGCUGGGCCUGGUGGAGAACGGACUCAUCCUCUUCGUGGUGGGCUGCUGCAUGCGCCAGACCGUGGUCACCACCUGGGUGCUGCACCUGGCACUGUCUGACCUGCUGGCCACUGCCUCCCUGCCUUUCUUCACCUACUUCCUGGCCGUGGGCCACUCCUGGGAGCUGGGCACCACCUUCUGCAAGCUGCACUCCUCCAUCUUCUUCCUCAACAUGUUCGCCAGCGGCUUCCUGCUCAGCGCCAUCAGUCUGGACCGCUGCCUGCAGGUGGUGCGGCCCGUGUGGGCACAGAACCACCGCACAGUGGCCGUGGCUCACAGGGUAUGCCUGGCGCUCUGGGCCCUGGCCGUGCUCAACACCGUGCCCUACUUCAUCUUCCGGGACACCAUCCCGCGGGCGGACGGGCGCAUCAUGUGCUACUACAACGUGCUGCUCCUGAAUCCCGGGCCCGACCGCGAUGCCACGUGCAACUCGCGCCAGACGGCCCUGGCCGUCAGCAAGUUCCUGCUGGCCUUCGCGGUACCGCUGGCCAUCAUCGCCUCGAGCCACGUGGCCGUGAGCGCGCAUUUGCGCCACCGCGGCCGCCGGCGGCCCGGCCGCUUUGUGCGCCUGGUGGCGGCCGUGGUGGCGGCCUUUGCGCUCUGCUGGGGGCCCUACCACGUGUUCAGCGUGCUGGAGGCGCGGGCGCACGCGGACCCGGCGCUGCGGCCGCUCGUGUGGCGCGGGCUGCCGUUCGUCAGCAGCCUGGCCUUCGUCAACAGCGUGGUCAACCCGCUGCUCUACGUGUUCACCUGCCCCGACGUGCUGCGCAAGCUGCGGCGCUCGCUGCGGAGCGUGCUGGAGAGCGUGCUGGUGGACGACAGCGAGCUGGGCGGCGGGGGCGGCAGCAGCCGCCGCCGCCGCCGCACCUCCUCCACCAACACCUCGGCCUCCUCCUCCUCGCUGGGCGGCCGCCGCCUGUCCCCGCUCGGGCCCGCAGGCCUGCUCGGCUGGCUGCGGGGUGGCCGCGCGGCGCCCCCGCGGAGGGACCGGGCCCGAUCCCAGGACGAGCGGGGCCCCCUGAACCGGGCGCUGCGCACCACCUCGGCGUAGGAGGCACGGGCCGGGGAUCGCCAGGCUCAGACCAUUCUCCCCCCGUCCCCGGGAGGCAAGAGCAGGGAGCGAUCGCGCGCAGCAGCUUCCCCAGGGCCCGGACGUUUAGUCGGAGGCUAAGGAAUCUGCAUGUUAAAGCGCCCCCCGUGACUCAGUGUAUCCUUUUCAGAAACGAAGUGAGCUAAAGCCGUGCUUCUCAAACUUUCUUAUGCGGUAGUCACCCAGGGAUCCUGUCUGCUUGAACGGGCCGCCGGGCGGGUGUGCUGACAAUCUGCAUUUCUGACAAGCUCCCAGGAGGCGAUGGGACCACACUCUGAAGAAUGCGAGGUUAAAACGCUAAGACAUCUCAAACUAGGGUAGUGGACGCCCCAAGGUACCCAGGACGCAUCUCCCGAAGCUGUUUUCAGCAGAUGACGGGCGGGGUGGGCUUUACAUGAAACCAGUGACGCAGCUUUGGAGUAGAAAGCGAGAGAGGAAAAGUUGGGGAAGCACUUCCGGUCUAACCUUCUCGCUUUGGUCAUUUAGUUGCGCUUUACUUAACUACACGCUUUAUCCCACAAUCUCCAGGGGCAGGUUCUAUUAGCCCCACUUUUUACCAUGUGCAAACUGAGGUGCAGGGAGGUUAGGUAACCUGCCCAAGGUGCAGGGACUGCAUACCAACCAUUAGGCAUUACCUGUUCAAUUACUAUUUAGUACGUGAAAGGGCACCCCCCCCACAUACCUAAGGUCCUUCAGAUAGCAGCUGCAUGGGAGCCCCCAUCUCUACCUGUCCGACCCAGCAUUGCCCCAAGUGGAAAAAGCAAGGGGUGCUGUAGUCAAAAGUUUGGGAAACCUGUGCUAAUCAAAGUGCAAUGGACAUCCUUAUUGAAGGUCUUUAGUGUUUAGAUGAGCCCCGCAACCUCCGUGACCACAGCCGGUGAUAUUUCCUAGCUCAUCUGACACAUGUGCCAGCCUACAGUUCCCUGGGACGCCCUCUGAGCAAUGCUGGUAAUCCCUAGAUCUGUGCAGCACCCACCUCCCUCCCGACUGCACAGGGCUGCAGCACUGACCCCCAAUUUGUAGGCGUGAGGGGUAACUUACCAGAGCAUCUCCACUCUACCAUGUCUGUUUAGCUCAGCAUCCCAGGGCCUGGUGCAGAGCUGGUGCGGUACACGCUUGGUGGAUGGAACGUCAGUGGAAGAGCCAGGGGAGAAACUCUCCUGGGAUCUUGGUCCAGUGUUCCCUGUGCCACCACUCGCAGCUGAGCUCCCAGCGUUUACUCAGUGCCAGGCAGGGCCCGGCCCACAGCAAGCGCUUGGCAAAUGGAGCGGUCGACAGACAGCUGGCUGAACGGGCAUCCCAUCUCGACCUCGCCCGUGCUCCCUCCUACCUGCUCCCCUGCUUCACCGAGCACUUGGCGCCAACUGACACACAGUACAUUUUACUUGUUUAUUAUGUCUUCUCCACCAGAAUGAAAGAUCCUUGAGGGCAGGGACUUUUGUCUGUAUUCCCUGGCACCUAGAAUUAUGCCUGUACACAGCAGGCCUUCAAUAAAUAUUUUUGCUGUAGACUGGA